AUGAAUAUGUUUUUUUGUAGACGUGUUUCUCCGAUACUUGAACACUUGCCUGUUGAAACGUCGACAACAGCAAUAACAGAUGAUAAUGCUCUUUCGGAUAUAGUAAUUCAAGCAAAUGAUGAUGGUAUUUCACAUCAUCGUCCGUCUGAACUUCGAAAUCAAAGAGAUACACGUGUUUCUAUGGAUCUUACAUCGAAAGGAACGCUUUCAUUUCAUAAUAUUCGUUACGUAGUUGGUGAACGACGAAAAAAUUGCUAUCUAUCUUGUAUCAAACUGAAAUCGGGUAAAAAGAUCAUUAAUAAUGUUUCCGGUAUCUUCACAUCAGGAAUGAAUGCUAUUAUGGGGCCAACUGGAUGUGGCAAAUCAUCUCUUCUUGAUGUACUAGCUGAUCGAAAAGAUCCGCAUGGUCUUUCUGGACAAAUUUUUGUUGAUGGAUGUCCUCCGCCUCCGUCAUUCAAAUAUAUAGUUGGUUAUGUCGUUCAAGAUGAUAUUAUUAGUGGAACACUCACUGUACGAGAGAAUCUCAUGUUUUCAGCUAAUGUUCGUUUACCUGCUGAUGUAACUAAUAAUGAACGUCAGAUACGAGUAACAAAAGUUAUUCAAGAUCUUGGACUUGAAUUAUGUGCUGAUACAAAAAUGGGUACUGAAUUUUUACGAGGUGUAUCAGGUGGAGAACGAAAACGAACAUGUAUUGGUAUGGAACUGGUACUUGAACCAAAAAUACUCUUUCUUGAUGAACCAACUACAGGACUUGAUUCAGCAACUGCUCGAAAUGUAAUGGAAUGUCUAAAAGUAUUAUCAGAGACUGGACGUACGAUUAUUUUUUCUAUUCAUCAACCUCGUUAUUCUAUAUUCAAAUUAUUCGAUACUAUUCUUCUUAUGUGCAAAGGCAAAAAUGUUUAUCAUGGAUCAGCUUCGGCUAUGCUACCUUUUUUCAGCGAUCGAGGUUAUCAAUGUGAAUUACAUGAUAAUCCAGCUGAUUUUGCAUUGGAUAUUCUAAUUGAUGCUAGUCGAAAUCCUGAUGAUUUAAGGAAGUUAAAUCAAGCUUAUAGACAAUCUCCUAUGUGGAGUAAUGUUAAUUCCUUAUCACAACGAGAAAAAAGUAACGAUCAAUUUGAAAAACUUCGUCGGAAACAACAGGGAGCAGCAGCACGAUCAUUAGGUGUAGAAAUCUAUUAUGUAUCACAACGAACAUUAAAAAAUGCUAUAAGAAAUCCAGCGUUAUUUUUAUCUCAAAUAGUAGUAGCUAUUAUAUUGGGAUUAUUAAUAGGACUUGUAUUUCAUGAUAUGGAGAAAACAAUUGAUCCUGGCGUACAGAACCGAUUAGGAGCCAUCUUCUUUAUUAUCAUCAGUCAAAUAUUUAGUACUAUAACAGCACUUGAACCAUUACUUAAAGAACGUGCAUUAUUUAUACAUGAAAACGUCAGUGGUUAUUAUCGAAUUUCGACAUUUUUUAUUGCGAAACUCAUUUGUGAUGUAUUACCAAUGCGAGUACUACCAUCAAUUAUUUUUUCUUUAAUCGCAUAUUUUCUGACUGGUUUACAACGAAGUGUUGGUCAAUUUUUUGUUUUUCUCUUGACUAUUUUUAUGUCUUCAGUAUUUGGAUCAGCAAUAUGUUUCUUUAUAUCAGCUCUUAUUCCUGUUUUUGCUGUGGCUUUCAUCGUUGUUGUACUUAUACUUGUUAUUAUGCUUGUCUUUAGCGGUUUUCUAAUCAAAUUAGCAAGUAUUUUCAAUUGGCUUUCUUGGAUUCAAUGGAUCAGUGCUUUUCGAUAUGCAUCAAAUGUCUUAAUUAUAAAUGAAUUUCGUAAUAUUAAUUUUUGUCUAUCCAAUAUGUCUAGUGUCUGUCCAAUGAGUGGUUUGGAUGUAUUAAAUAGACAAGCAUUAGAUUAUGAAACAGAUUGGGAUAUGUGGAAGUAUUUUUUUGCAUUAUCAAUGAUGACAAAGCAAAUUUUAGCUACUUUUCCAAAUCUUACUGACGAUGAACGAGAAACAAUGCGUGCUAAAGCAUCAAAAUAA